UCUGUUUUCCAAAUUUGUUGUAAUCAGUACUUGUUACUUACAAAAUAAGAAAGAAGACGUGGCAAAAGUAUUAAAUUUGCACUUCAGAGUGAGAAUUUUGAUUUAGCUAAAGGGGAGAAUUUUCUGAUGAUAAUUUGCAGUGGGCCAAAAGAGAAAAAGGAGCUAUUUUUAAAACGUAGUGACAUCAUUUAUUCGUGUCUUGUCCAGAGAGAAAGACAGAAAAUAAUUGACUUCUCAAAAUUUCUUCUAAGCCUAAGAGUUCAUAAUUGUUACUGUUUCUUCUUUCCUCUUUCAACCAGAGUUAUAUACACACCUGGCCACACUGAUGAUCAUAUGGCCCUACUUUUAGAAGAGGAAAAUGCUCUCUUUUCUGGAGAUUGCAUCCUAGGGGAAGGCACAACCAUAUUUGAAGACCUCUAUGAUUAUAUGAGCUCCCUAAAAGAGUUAUUAAAAAUCAAAGCUCAAGUUAUAUAUCCAGGACAUGGCCCAGUAAUCCAUAAUGCCGAAGCUAAAAUUCUACAAUACAUUUCUCACAGAAAUAUCCGAGAACAGCAAAUUCUUACAUUGUUUCAGGAGAACUCUGAAAAGUCAUUCACAGCAAUGGAUCUUGUAAAAGUUAUCUACAAGGAUACUCCUGAGCAUUUACAUAAAAUGGCCGAACAUAACAUCUUACUUCAUUUGAAAAAACUAGAAAAGGAAGGGAAAAUAUUUAGCAACAUGGAUCCUGAGGAGAAAUGGAAAGCUCACCUUUAGUUUCAGCUUAAAGAAAGAUUGUGUGGUUCUGUUUGUAGAGAAUGGUAUGUUUUGUUAACUAUUAGUUAUUUACAGAGAAUAUAGCAUGUGGAACGUUGAAAAUAAUCCUAAAUAUACUGUAAAAUAAUAUCAUACUUAUUCUAAAGUAUGUAAAUUACAUUUUGCACCUAUAAUAUUAGCUAUGUGUCUCACCUAGGUCUUAUAACAUUUUACCGAAAAUUCAAAAUCCAACAGUUUAUCCAUUUUCAAUACAUAAAAUAAGUUUCUUUUAAAGUUAUAAAAGUUAUGUCAUUUAAACUGGAUAUUAUUCUUAGAGGUUAUUUAUCUAUUACCAGUGGUCAGUAAUACUGUUUUUUCUAGCUGCUUCAAUCAACAGCACAGAUUUCAGUGUAAUCCUUCCUUUUCUGCAACGUUUGUCUACAUCUGUAGAUUACAGGCUUGUUUUCAUAUUUCUAUCAAUUAUAUCAUGAUUAUAUAUCAGUUCUAUACCUCUGUAUCGUGUAUAUUUUCUCCUAGUGGCAUCCCACAAAUGAUUUAUAUAAAUCAACUUCUGGUAAUAGAAAAAUAUUAAAUUCCCAAUUAAAGUCAUUGUAAAUAAAUCACUA